AUGAGGCGGUUCUGUUCGGUAGUUCCCUUCCCUUCCACCUCGAAACUGGAUGCACUCAGGCUCGUGAUGAUCCGCCACGCCCAGCCACUGCUCAACAAUGCUUACAAAGUUGUUUCUGCAUCUGCCCGUACGCUUAUGCUACAGGAACAUCAUGGAAUGGCUGUUCUGAGAUCUGGAGGAAUCAAUGUUCCACCAUUCGGUGUUGCAAAAACUCCCGAAGAAGUCAAAAAACAAGCCGAAAACAUUGGUGGUAAGGACUAUGUGGUCAAAGCGCAAGUGCUGGCUGGCGGAAGAGGAAAAGGCAAAUUUGACUCUGGUCUACAAGGCGGAGUGCAAAUCGUUUUCACGCCCGAAGAAGCUGCAGAAAAGGCGAAGUUGAUGAUUGGUGCCCAUCUCGUUACCAAACAAACCGACCAUCGUGGAAAGCUCUGCGAGGAGGUCAUGGUGUGCAAAAGAUUAUUCACCCGACGAGAGUAUUACUUCUCCAUCAUGCUUGACAGAAACACUAAUGGCCCUAUCAUCAUCGGAUCAAGCCGUGGUGGUGUCAACAUCGAAGAAGUAGCGGCUACUGAGCCAGAAGCUAUCGUGAAAGUGCCGAUUGAUAUGUCCACUGGAAUAACUCCUCAGAUUGCUUCGGACAUCGCGCAGAAGAUGGGAUUCAAGGGAGACUCUGCGAAGCAAGCUUCCGAUAUGAUUUCCAAGCUGUACAAUCUUUUCCGAAAGUCUGAUGCUACCCUUCUGGAAAUCAAUCCUAUGGCUGAGGACGUUAACGGCGAUGUAUACUGCAUGGAUUGCAAGUUGCUCUUGGACUCCAACGCUGAGUUCCGUCAAAAGGAAUUAUUUUCUCUGAAAGAUUCAAAGCAGGAAGAUCCGCUUGAGAUUCGUGCUGCAGCUGCUAAUCUCAACUAUAUUCGCCUAGACGGAAAUAUCGGAUGCUUGGUCAAUGGUGCUGGCUUGGCUAUGGCUACUAUGGAUAUCAUUAAACUACAUGGCGGUGAUCCUGCAAACUUCCUUGAUGUAGGGGGUGGUGCCACUGUCGAGCAGGUCACAGAGGCUUUCAAAAUCAUUACGGCGGACAAGAAGAAAGUCAAUGCCAUUCUUGUGAACAUCUUUGGUGGGAUUAUGCGUUGCGAUGUCAUUGCUCAAGGAAUCAUCAAAGCUGCUAAGGAACUCGAUCUCAAGAUCCCAAUUGUUGUCCGUCUGCAAGGAACAAAGGUGGAUGAUGCUAAAGCUCUCAUUGCCAAUUCGCAAUUGAGGAUCCUACCCUGCGAUAACCUUGAUGAGGCCGCCAAAAUGGUUGUGAAACUAUCCGACAUUGUCCAUCUGGCACGAGCAGCUCAAAUUGACGUGAAAUUUGAAUUGUCCAUUUAGAGCAGACUCUCCGUUGUUCAUACGUGUUCAUGAUCGAAGAUAAUCAGCAGAUCUAGUGGAGAUUAGUUUUUUGUUAACGAGCCUGCAGAGGCACUGCGUAUGUCAUGUUCAUGUUAAACAACUUUGUCUCUCGACUUCUGCCUUGAAAGGUGUUAGUGAACUUAGUUGCAGUUUAAUAGAAGUUGAUACAUCCAUAUCGCUUCGACUAGGCACCUUUUUGUGUUCGUCGGUUUUUCAGUCAAGUACUUCUACCGGUCAACAUGUACGUAUUUAUAUGUCAAUGAAUCUUGAAAUUCUGGCUUGAUU